AGGAAAAGCACCCAAAACACCAUGGCGCGCCUUCUCGCUCGCUUCUGCAAGACUCUUCCCGUCCAGGGUUGCUCAACCCAGUCGAUUCUGCCGGCCGUUUCGAUGGUGCCGACGCGUGCCCGUAGCACCGACAGUCGAAUUCAAGCGGCAAAGCCCGUCGUUGAGAUGGACGGCGAUGAGAUGACGCGCAUCAUCUGGCAGUUCAUCAAGGAUAAGCUGAUCUUUCCUUACGUGAAGGUAGAAGCACUUUACUACGAUCUUGGCCUCCCGUACCGCGAUCAGACCAACGAUCAGGUUACGAUCGAUGCAGCGCACGCCAUGCUGAAGCACAAUGUCGGCAUCAAGUGUGCGACGAUCACACCGGACGAGCAGCGCGUGGAAGAGUUUAAGCUGAAAAAGAUGUGGCUCAGUCCGAACGGUACGAUCCGUAACAUUCUCGGUGGCACCGUGUUCCGCGAACCGAUCAUCUGCAAAAACAUUCCGCGCAUUGUGCCCGGUUGGACGAAACCAAUCGUGAUCGGUCGCCAUGCGCACGGUGAUCAGUACAAGGCGCAGGACUAUGUCGUUCGCAAACCGGGCACGGUGAAAAUGGUUUACACGGGGGAUGAUGGUUCGGUUGAGGAGAUUCUGCUGUACAAGUAUCCGGCGCCCGGUGUAGCGUUGGCUAUGUACAACACGGACGAAUCGAUUACGGCGUUCGCACACUCGUCGUUCCAGGUGGCGCUGAGCAAAGGAUGGCCACUGUACCUGUCAACCAAGAACACGAUUCUGAAGCGUUAUGAUGGACGUUUCAAGGACAUCUUUCAGGAGAUUUAUGAGAAAGAUUACAAGAAACAGUUCGAGGAUGCGAAGAUUUGGUACGAACACCGGCUAAUCGACGAUAUGGUAGCGCAGGCGCUGAAAUCUUCGGGCGAAUUCGUCUGGGCCUGCAAAAACUACGACGGCGAUGUGCAGUCGGACAUUGUGGCGCAAGGGUACGGAUCACUCGGCUUGAUGACGUCGGUGCUGGUGUGUCCAGAUGGUAAAACGCUCGAAUCGGAAGCUGCACACGGAACUGUUACGCGUCAUUAUCGUGAACAUCAGAAAGGACGGCCAACCUCCACCAACCCGAUCGCAUCGAUCUUCGCGUGGACCCGCGGUUUGGAGCAUCGAGCCAAGCUUGACAGCACUCCCGACCUAGCCCGCUUUGCCCAGGCGCUCGAGAAAGCGUGCGUCGACACGGUUGAAUCGGGCAAGAUGACCAAGGAUCUGGCUCUUUGCAUUCACGGUUCGCGUAACCUUAAGGACAGCAUGUACCUAAACACACAGGACUUCCUGGAAGCCAUCUCGGAGCAGCUGGAACGCACGUGGAAGAAAUAGUGCGG